AUGGACCCUAUCUCAAAGCAUACAGGGCGUAUUAGGCCAGCUCUCAGUCGGAAUUCCGGGUCGAUUCGAUCACGAUACACUACGCAGGCCUGCCAGGAGUGUCGCCGACGAAGGGCCAAGUGUGACGGGAAGCGACCUGCAUGUUCUCGGUGCAUUAGCCGCCAGAUGGAGUGCCAGUUUGCUGCGAAAGAUGAUGGACGAGGCACAGCACCAAAGUCGAUUGUGUUAAUGCUCAAAGAUCGAGUCGAGCUCCUGGAGCGUGUCUUGUGGCUCCAUUCUAUUGAUGUCGAUGCUUCGAUUGCAAAGCUCAGAACUGAACGGUACAGUUCCAUGACUCGCAACCCCUUCACUCCCCCUGAAUCACUAUCACAACAUCCCGAGCUGGAUGGAGCACUCUGGUCAAAUAGUGCAUUCGAUACAGAAGGGGAAUGUGAUGGUGAAGUUCAAUUUUUUGGUUCCUGCAGUGGGCGAAUGGAUCUGUUGAAAUUAAAUGCCCUGAGCUCAGACUCUGAAAAUACAAAGUGUCAAGGUCCAUCUUUCCGCUUUCGCCUGAAUCAAGCCUGUCAAGACGUUGAGACAAUUCCCGAGGUCAGCCAGGAAUUGAAAGAUCACCUCAUUGAUCUAUAUUUUACAUGGGAACAACCUUGGCUACAACUCGUGGAUGAAGGCCUCUUUCGACAGAGCAUGCCGACAAAUGGGCGAUACUUCAGCCCGCUCCUACUGAAUUGUAUUCUCGCCAUAGGAUCUCGCUACUCCGAGCGACUGGAGACUCGUUCCUCUCCCAGCGAUCCAAAUACAGCAGGUCGGAUAUUUCUUGAGAUGGCCGAGGUCCUCCUACACUUUGACCUGAGAUCCCCUUCUAUCACCACUAUUCAGUCACUCGGCAUCAUGGCGAUGAUAUAUGUGGCCAUUGGGUCUGAUGCAAAAGGCUGGCUUCGCCACGGCAUGGCAAUUCGCUUAGCUUUGGAUAUGGGAUUAAAUUUAGAUUCUGCAAUGUUAGGCAGGUCACAUGCACUUCCAGAUGAAGAGAAAGACCUACGCAAGCAAAUAUACUGGGCAUUGUACUGCACCGACAAGCUGUGGGCAAGCUAUACCGGGCGUGUCUGUACCAUGCUGGCUACCCAGGCUUCUGUGGGCUUGCCCAUGCCCAUUCCCGAGGAUGAUGGCGAAGUUCCAACCAUGAAAAAUAAACACUCUGCGAUUUUAUUACCGAAGCUCCACCAUGCCCUGUCCACGCAGUGCCAAAUACAAGAGAAAAUAUUGAUGGAACUCUACGCACCGAAGAGAUACCCGGAGGCACGCAGACAUUCAUUUUUCGACUCCUGUCUGUUCGAACUCAAAAGUUGGAAUUACAACUUACCUGCUGAUAUGCAGGCAAAACAAUCGGAGUCUAGCUCAAUACUGGCUCAUAUCCUUGUUCUCCACAUGGUCUACCACACAUCUCUCAUUCUUUUGGCCAAGCCUUUCCUCCCGAAAUCACAGAACUCGACUUCCGCUGAGCAGGAUAGCUCCUGGCCAGGUGCACUCAAAGUCUCGUCCAUAUGCAUGGAAGCGGCGAAGGAAAUUUGUCUUCUAGGCGAGCACUAUCGCAAAGUCUUUGGCAGCUUUCGACAAAGCCCCAUUACCGUAACACACUGCACUCUUUCGGCGGUGUUACUGAUCCUAGAUAGUGGUGUCCUUGAGCGAGAAUUUGGGUUGAGGUCCAGAAUGAAUCUCAUCAACUCUUGCUUAAUGACCUUGAGGGAGCUAUCAGACUCAUGGAUGCCGGCGAAGCAAUAUUGGAAAGGUAUUUUACGAAUUGUGAAGCAUCGCCAAUCGAAGUCAGCGGAGAAUCAUGAGCCAGCAGUCAAAGGACAGAGCAACAAAUCGAAUGGGUAUGAUCUCUGUGCAGAGUAUUCAACCGAGUGUCAUAUACCACCAGACCAAACUAUGGAGGAACUGGCAAACUGUGCUUUCUCCCCUGAGUGGAGUACGUUUCUAAACUCGGUGGCUCCGGAUGACUUUGAUGAAACCAUGUUGGACUUGCCCCUUGACUUCGACUUUUUCUCAAGGCAGCCACAAGACCCCGAUUUCACUCUUAGUUAG